AUGCUACAAAACCCAAGAAUACUGCGAACUUCCCCUCAACCAUUCAACCUUCCAACUCAGACAUCAACACCAUCACCUUCAUCAUUCAACAUAUUAGGCACAACUCCACAUUUUCCAAUCCUCAAACAGCAAUGUAGAUUAUCGCGUAGAGAGCUGGCAAUCCACAGCAACUCUUGCUUGCUGCUUCUUUUGGCUGAUGGAUCCAGGGCAAGAGCAGAAGAUGUUACCAACAGUGACCAACUGGGGGAUAGUUUGACUAACACUCCCAGCUGCACUGAAAGAAAACCUACAAAACAAGUUUUCUUCGACAUAUCUGUUGAUCGCGAACCGGUUGGUCGCGUUACUAUAGAGCUCUAUGGAGAUGAUGUCCCUGUAGGAGUUGAGAGGUUUAGCAAGAUUGUCAGUGGAGCUGCUGGUAUAAGCUACAGAAGGAAAGAGUUUGUCAAAAUCCUGCCUAAUUAUGUCCAACAUGGUGGUCUUAGAUCAUAUGGGGUGGAUGCAGAACUAGCUAACAAGACAGGGAGCAAUUUGGCUACUGAAAAUCUUGUUGAGGAAUGGGAGAGAAUGUAUGAGAAAUGCCCUGGGACUAAAAAUGUUGCUGGAAGUGUAGGAAUCAUUGUGAGAGAUCCAUCAAAACCACCUCCUAAGUUUAAACUGGUUGCAAGACUAGGAAAGCUUCAGAUUGAUCAGGAAGAAGUUGGAAUAGAUCCUAAUGGGACAGAAUUCGUCAUUGCAACAAAGGAUUCGCCUGAAUUAGAUGCUUCAUCUCUAGUAAUUGGAAGGGUGGUAGGAGGCAUGGAUGUUGUGCAGAGGAUUAGUGAGGUAAAAACUGUACAAGAGAAUACGAGCUCUCCAUACUUUAGGGUGGCAAAGCUUAUAGGAGACAAGAGGGCUGUUGUAGCAGAAAGGGGAUUCAACCGUCCUUACUCCAAAGUUGUCGUUACAAACUGUGGUGUAGUACAGUAG